UUGACAUCUGCCAAGACCCCAGAUGUAACCUUCCUCGACUUGCCACAGUAUUUUGACUACCUUAAGGGUGAUUUUAAAUAGUAUUAAUGAUUUUAAUCGUGCAUUUAUUAUAAAUACAUCCAGUAGCUGUGAUCCUCAGCUAAAAUGGACGAUGCAGCUGCCCUGCAGAGACUUGAGCACCUGAUGACUGAAUUUUUCUCGUCUAAUACGACAAACGAACGAAUCCGAACGAUCGAGCAGAGCCUCCACGAGUUCACGUCCCAGAUAAACUCGUGGAGGCCCUGCCUGCACUUCCUGUCCUCCACGAGCAAUCACUUUGUCAGUAUGUUUGCACUGACAACCUUGGAGACGACAAUCGGUAGACGAUGGCCAAUUUUACCAUGGGAGGAUCGAGCCCUGAUCAGGUCAACCCUCUACACGCUAUCACUGGAGCACGGGGUGGCGCCUUACGUCAGAAAUAAAAUCGUGAAGCUAGUGGUGGACAUCGCCAAGCACGACUGGCCGCACUUCUACCCGGAUUUUUACUCGAAUAUUCUCCAGCUGCUGGGGCACAAGCAGACGAGACUGUUGGGACUGAUUUAUCUGAGAACUGCCUCUGAGGAGCUUGCGACACCCAGGGAGGACCUGCCCAUUCAAAGGAAGACUGAAUUGAUCAGGCUGCUGAGUGCUCAGGUGGCCACCACCCUAGAUACACUCACAGCCCUUCUGACUGAAACCAUGAAGUCUCAUGCUCGUUCUGGCACAGUGACACCCCCUCCCUCCCCUACCGGUGGCCAGAGCGUUCCCCCAGCGCGUUCAGUCCUCGAUGUCGAUGGCCUAGCAAUAGGCAGCAAUGACAUAUGCAUCGCCACCCUGGAAGUGCUCGCCCACCUAUUCAGCUGGAUCAUCCCCACUGACCACAUAUCCUCGAACCUACUAGAUGCCAUAUUCUCGUGUGCCAGAUACUGCGACUCCAUGAACGGAAGGCAGGUGGAGAUGGUGGUGCAAGCCAUGACGACCAUCAAUGAACUUCUCUAUCGUCCGUGCUCACCAAGCACCACCGAGACACUCCUCCUCCAGAUUUUCGAUAAUGGAGUCACGCUGUUCCAGAUUAUGGAGCGAUUGGACAGCGUAGACGAGAGCUACCUGGAGAAGACGACUGAGUUCCUCCAGCUCUUCGUGACAAAUCACCUCAAGAGGGUGGAGUCCUGUGCGAAAUUCCCGGUGCCGACGUUCCUGGAGGUCCUCUACCAUCACACGUUUCAACAGAACACUUCGAUCGCCGGAUACCUCCGGUGUCUCGAAGUCUGGAGCAUUCUGCUGGAGUCCACGCAGUCCAGGUACUCCACGGUGGCCCUGGCUUUUGCCGAGAGGGUCCUCAAUCGAAUGUCCUUCAAGGUGGAGGGGAGGAAUCUCAAGGAUCUGGACACCGAGACACUCGACGACAAUGAGGAGACCGAGUGGCAACACUUCCUCAGGUGCAACAUCGAGUGUUUGGCGAGGGUCGCGGAUAUUUCACCCUUGCCGGUUUUUAAUCUGCUGUACAGGUCCUGGAGAGCGGACCUAGCCAUCUACGGAGAGCUGGGUUCUGCCCUGUCUCGAGGUCAAGUGACAAUUCUCUCCGAGUCGGACGCCACGACAGUUCACUCUCACCUCCGCGACUUGGCGUCGACAACUCAAGCCCUCGCUCGCCUCUACUCCCUCUUCGCCGACCCCCAGGACAGCACCUCGAACUCCCCAGUGGAGGACCUGGUGAACCAGACCCUCGACGCCUGCACAUUUGCCCAAACCAAUCACCUGUUCCACCCGCCCCUGCAGCCCCCGGCGAUUGUCCUGGACCUCAUCGAGGUCCACUCCCAGUUCCUGGCGUCGUUGCAAGCCUGGUGCCACUGGAUGGCGAAGCAGCCGGACAAGUUCAGGGAGAAUUUCACCCAGAGGUCCAUCCAAGCCAGCAUCUGGGCGUUGUCCCCUCCGAGGACCUCAGAGCCACCAAUUCCCGUCAAUCUCGUGCAUUCCGCUGCUCAUCUCCUCCAGAGUGUCACCGCCAUUUUACGACCCAAUCUCUGGGAGCACCAGGGCUUCAGGGACCUCAUAACAACGCAGAACUACCCCUCGAUGAGGCCAGAUACCAUCAAAGUCCUGCGACGAGCGCUUGUGAAUGGAAUAGUCCUAGUGCCAGGGGAUGCAGCUGUCAGGCAGCGCCUCCUGUCCUCCAUGAUAUCGGCAUUAUCGUCGUCCCUGGGGGGUCUGGGCCACCAGAUUCCCCCGGAGAUGAGUGUCAACACCUCCACGACUCCCCUCAAACAACUCGUCGAGGACUGCUGCUCGUCGUCAACCAGCAUCAAGAAAAUGCUCCACGAGUCCAUGCAGGAGACCAUCACCAGAGUUCUGGAGCUACUUCCUCAUCUAGUCAGGUCGCAAGCUUGCGAAGGUCUCAUGAAUUUUUUGCACGCUGUCUUUCACGUUCUCCAGCAGCAGUUGGGGGCUGAGUUCAUUCAGAGAGCUGUUCAGGGAAUGCUGCAGAUCUACAGCGCUGAAAACAUCAAUUCUGGAGCUGCUCUUGAUCAACUCCUGGAGAUUAUGAUUCUCGUCGUUUCUGCACCCAGCGCUGGGUUCAAGGCUUUUGUUCCAGCUAUCACAGGACUCUGUCUCAGGCAGGUGUGGCCAGCUGUUGGCGGUGACCUCAGUGCUCAUCCAGACACGACCCUCGUGCUCCUCCGACUGUUCCACAGUAUUUUGAUGCACAGGUGGCAGUAUUUCUACGGGUCAGGAGUGCUGAGGAGCUUCGGAGGCCCCCUGGAGGAGCUUGUGGAGCACAAGGAGGAGCUAGUUGCCAUUCUCGAGGCCUUCGGGCAGGCCCUCCUUCAGCCUGACGUCAACAUCUUCAGGCAGAGUCUGCAGAGCCUUGAGGCCCUCAACUCGAGGUGGAGACUCUACCAGAAGGAGGUGUUCAAGAGACAUCUCCUCGAGAGAUUCCUCAUGGCGCUGUUCACUGUUCUAAUUCACAGGUCCCAUAAUCUUCUUGCGGACGACAUCGCAGUGGCCGUUCAUAAUUUAGCUGGGGUGGACAUCAAUUGGUUCUUCAGUCACUUUCUACCGACGUUUUUGGGGGGGUGCGAGGGCCUCGAUGACGUACAGAGGGCGACGCUGCUGGAGAACUUCGAUAAAUCGACUGAUCAACCAACUCUGACGAGAUCAGUGCUUCGUAUCGUCUCGGACCUCCGUUGUUAUCAGAUGUGCAGAGCCGUGUAAAUAACAAUCAUCACUAGAUAAAAUGAAAUCAGCAAUUUCUGAUUCGUCAGAAAAAUUCGACUGUUUUAAAAUCAUGUAAUUAACUGAGGAAAUGAAUCAUUCGUCACUCACUGCCGAGUAAAUUAUGUAUAAUGAAUUGUUAAUAAUGAAUUCGCACUUUUAAUAAUAAAAGGUUUUUAAAACAA